ACGUUUGACUUCCGUUAAACCGCCAUUUUGUGAAUGGACGCCGUUGCCAUCGACAUCCUGAAAGCAGACUAAAACAAACGCGAUUCCGAGCCCAAUUUAACACGACUUACCGGCAGUUCCGUCGCGUUUUAACCUACGGCGUUUUUUCUCUGGAAAAAAAACGACGAAUAGCCCGUGUUUUCGCCGAGAACUGAUCAAAGAUGUCUGAGGAGCAGAUCCUGGGCGAGGAGUCGCUGAUGAAGAUGGAGGAGAAUGAUGGAGAGGGUUUCGGUGAAGAGGAGAUCCUGGGGGCUGAUGAAGGAGGUCAGGGAGAGGCGGAGGGCUCAAAGAUAGACGCCAGUAAAAACGAGGAAGAUGAGGGGAAAAUGUUCGUUGGAGGCUUGAGUUGGGACACAACAAAGAAAGACCUGAAAGAUUACUUCUCUAAAUUUGGAGAGGUGGUCGACUGCACCUUAAAACUGGAUCCUUUGACGGGCCGAUCCAGAGGAUUUGGAUUUGUUCUGUUUAAAGAUGCUGAAAGUGUGGAAAAGGUGAUCUCACAAAAGGAGCACAAACUAAAUGGAAAAGCAAUUGACCCUAAGAAAGCAAAGGCCAUGAAGUCCAAAGAGCCUGUGAAGAAGAUAUUUGUAGGAGGUCUUUCCCCAGAUACUCCAGAAGAGAAGAUCAGAGAGUACUUUGAUGCCUAUGGAGAGGUGGAAUCCAUUGAGCUGCCAAUGGAGAAUAAAACAAAUAAAAGACGAGGUUUUUGUUUUAUAACGUUUAAAGAGGAGGAACCAGUAAAGAAAAUAAUGGAGAAGAAGUACCACAACAUCGGUUUAAGCAAGUGUGAGGUCAAGGUAGCCAUGUCAAAGGAGCAGUACCAGCAGCAGCAGCAGUGGGGUGGAAGAGGAGGAUACGCCGGCAGAGCUAGAGGCAGAGGAGGUCCCAAUCAAAAUUGGAACCAGGGAUACGGAAAUUACUGGAAUCAAGGUUAUGGAAAUUACGGGAACUAUGGCUACAACAAUCAAGGCUAUGGUGGAUACGGGGGCUAUGAUUACUCGGGUUACAACAACUACUACGGAUAUGGUGACUACAGCAAUCAGCAGAGCGGCUACGGCAAAUCCCCGAGGCGAGGCGGCCAUCAAAACAGUUACAAGCCGUAUUAACGAGAAAUUGUGCAGCGGGGACUUCCUUGCAGGCCAUGAGCUGACUUCCCGAUUGUCUCAGGCCCGCUCAAUGCGGACAGGGUACGAGAGGCGUACGCUCUCGAAUGCUCCCAUUUGGUAUGGUCUUCCAACAUCCUGUAUACGAAUUGUAAAAACAAAACAACUACAGCAACAAAAACAUAAAAAAGGACACGUCAAGCUUUUAUCUUCUGUUUUUGUUUUGUGUGUAUUCUUACUCUAUUUUUAUUUAUUUUUUUGUAUUAAAAUGUUCCUCCUAAAACUUCUUGGGAUUGGUCGUAUGUAAUAAUAUAUCAUAAUGUAAUGCCAUUUUUUCCAGGCACCAUCAAGUAAUGGUAAAAUAUGACACGAGAGCCGGAAUUAAAAUUAACUGUUGACUUUUUGAAGGAUACGGCUUUCUCUGGACUUUCCAGUGUUUUAAUAUGCACUUCUAAUCUAAUCUUACCUGUAAUGCUUGCUUUUCUUUAUUUGUAGCUCGUGUAGCUGUAAUAUCCUGUAGUCCAUGAGCUAAAAGCCGGUUUGUACUCGGAUGCCGCUGCGCCGGAGAAGUGCUUUUUUUUUUAAUAUUUGUAUUGUAUUGUAUUUGUAUUCUACUGACAGCGGUGGAAAAAGCUUCACCUGUAAACCGUGUUAAUUUCAUCUAACAGAUUCUCUUUUUUUAACCUUUUGAAAUCUUGGAAAGGUCACACUGUUAUGCUUGUAAUGCUUUCCUUUUUGUCUUUUAAUUUUCAUCGAUUCAAGGUCGCGCCUUAAAUGUUAUGAUUCCACAAGUUUUUAAUUUAACACUAUUGUAUUUGCUAUCAUUCAAUUUCGAAGUCCUGUCUUGUCUCCUUAUCGAAUUUAUUAAAGAAUUGGGAUUCCUGUACAUUUUAUGAGUUUGCGUACUUCCCAAGCGUAAUUGCUAUUUUCUUUUUUGUUUUUCAGAUGGACGAGCAAAUCGAAAGUCAACCCUGAGAGGAGAAAACAAGAGGGCCAGACUUAUUAAAUAUGGAGUUGAUCCACACGUUGCUACACUUUGGUCGCCAUUUAUUUCACAAGUUCGUUUCAAAUCUGAGGUUGCUUUGAAGGACACACAAUAAAGAAUAUUUCAAGUGUUAUUUCCAAAACUAUGACGUCCAGAAUAUUUGUUUUUGUGUUUAAUUUGUUGUAGCUUGUGUACGUUUCUAAUCGUAUUCCCUGCUAUGUUUGCUCUUAGGCGUUUCUGUGUCGAGUACGGUGAACUAUAGAGAGCCCAAAUCAUUUAGAAAUUAUUUGUAUACAGGCCUAUUAAUUUAUUGCUUACAAGUGCGUACAUGGCGUAGGUCGUUUAAUAUUCAUUUCAUAUUGCAGUAUUUUGCUACAGAGUCAUGUAAACCAUUGGAAAGUACAAAAUAAAGUGUAUGAAUCUU